CAUGCGUUGUUGUCAUCUGGUUUUCGAGGAGUCCGAUCUCAUCUUUGAGGAGUUCCAGAUGGAAGUCCUGGCCAUAAUGUAGCACGCUAGAGCGGCUUUGGUCAAAAACGAUGAGCUCUUUGGACAAACCAUCGUGACGAGUGAGCGAUGGAUGGCCAGUGUGGGUGCAUUUCUGGCCAAGUUCUUUUUAGACAUGAACCUGGUGGGUCCGACGAUAUGUGUUGGCAAUCCCAUGGAAGCGGCCAUUUACGGACGGAUCACGCACAUUGCUUCCUUGUUCCAAGACCAAGAGUAUAAACUGAGGGCUCUCGUGGAUAUCGUGAGCAAAUAUCGAGGCAAACCCGGUCAAACCCUUCUGAUCAUUUGUCAGAAUGCGGUCACGGCUGCCCAAGUCAAAGCGCAUCUCCUCUCUCGGCUACAACUCAAAUCUUGGGUCAUCGACGAGAGCAUGAAAAACGAACACGAGUUAAACGAAGUUUUAGAGACUUGGGCCCAGGUCCAAAUGGGUCAAGCGAAUUUGUAUCCGUUGAUUGUCACCGAUCUCGCCGGAUCACAAUCCAGUGGCUUCGCCAAUGUCAUCAUCCAUUUCGACGUGGCUACCUCCAAAGAGCGUCUUAGACACAGGUUUUGGUACCUCUCGGAUUAUUUUGGAAAUUUCUACCAGAGCCAAGACGACCCCAAGGCUAAGAAGAGUCAUGCAACCGUGCACAUGAUGCUCACCCCGAGCAACGUGAACGAGAUUAAUACGCUGUUCCAAUUCUUGAAGCGAUCCAACCGGAAUCGAGUCCCGAAAAGUCUGUCCGAGUUCUACCUCAAGGUCAUGUCCAAUCGAGCCAAGAACAAGGUGCAUCGCUCGCUUUGUCAAGAGCUAAAAGCCUUGGGGCGUUGCAAGGAAUUAUGGCGAUGCCCGUUUCGACAUUAUUUGUUGAAAGAGGUCGACUUUGAUGGCAAUCCGUUCCCGAGGGCAUCCAUCAUUUAUUUUGAGGUCACGCAAGUGCUCUCACCAAUCCGUAAUCUCGUCAAAAUCAAGCAAAUCCAAGAAUCCGGGGCGAAGAAGCGUCAAGAUUUCAUUGCGAAUCCGAGCAAAUUGAGUCGCAAGUUGUUUCUGCUCAAGAGAGCUCAAUUGGAAAUCAUCCCGGAUAUCAAGAUCCUCCUCGAAUCUGAUACCCUCAAACAUGGCCAAUUGUUCCUGAUGGAAGACGAAGGCUUCUUUCAACGCAUUGAAGUCCUCUCUUUCCGCUCUCCCAACGAGUUCUCCUUGGCCUUGCAGGUCUGGUUGGUGGAUGAUGGCUUGAUCCAAGAGAGAAUAGAUCCGCUCAUGUUCAAGCUACCCGACGAGUAUUCUGAGGCUCAUUAUCCUCGUCAAUCACACGAGUUGAUCUUGGCCAAUCUCAAGCCUCCGUUGAAAAACUUAGAGUGGCCUCUAGAUGCCAUAAACUUGAGUGAAGAUCGAUUGUAUCCUCCAGAGAUCCUACAUUACGAGGAUGGAGACGAGGAAUUCGACGGGAACGCCAAGAUUUGUCGUUCCAAAGUGAUCCUGGGGCUGCGCAAAAUGGUUUGGGUGAAACAGAUCCAAUUGUUGGAAAAGUUCACGGUCAACCUCAAAUGGUCGUGUGUGGGAGAAAUGCGGGAUUUAUUGCUCAAGAAGAACUUGGCCAUUCAAGAGACUGAGCUCACGGAAAAGCUCGACCAACUUUGCUUCAAAGCCGGAAUACCCGGGCCAAUUCUGGACUGCAACGCUAACAACGAGAAACAACAGUCCACGAAACCCAAGUUGAUAUCGGAACAACCCUUGGUAUUACGUUGGGCCUUCUUUCCCACGGCCUCGGAAGUGGUUUUGAUCACUCAUGUCAAUUCACCUGAUUACUUUCAUGUCACGCUUGAGAAGUUCUCCAAACAGUUAGACCAGCUUGAAUUGGACUUGAAGAAAUUGGUCGAUGAUAAAAAGGUCAAGGCUAUUCAAGGAUCUCCGGAAUUAGAAAAGGUUUUCAUUCACCGGGAUAACGAGAGUUGUGCUCGAGUCCAAGUCUUGGACAAUUCCAACGAAGACAAAGUGUUGGUGCUUUUCGUGGACUCGGGGUUAUGUAAAUUGGUCAAAGUUGAGGACCUCUUCCCCAUUCCGAGAAAUAUGGUCGAGAUUCUGCCUUUUCAAGCCAUUGAGUGCGCUUUUAACAACAUUUUGCCUCUGAACGAGGAUUGGGAUCGGAGUGCGAGUGAAUAUCUCCGCCAACAAAUCUUCUUGAAAGAAACCCUUUUACCUCAACCUUUCUUUCUGAUUCCGUUUCUGAAAGGGGAGUCCGAUUACACUGAUUGUAAUCAAUAUCUAGUCUCUAUGACCUCGACGGUCAGUCACAAGGUCUUAGAAAACCGACUGGUGAGUAAAGGCUGGGCUCAAUUUGAAGAUGAGAUGAGGAAGCUGCCAGACUUUUCGAAUUUCGAUGACGCGGUUGAGGAAGAAGAAGAAGCAAACUCGGACGCCAUCGAUGAAGCUCUUUUCCAACGUAGGAUCGAUCCCGAGGAAUUUGAUUCUGAUGAAGUGGACAUCCUCCCGCCCAAAAUAAUGGAGAGGCAGAAGAAGGCCAAAACGAGUGGCUUUCCCGAGCUCUCUGGUCCACUUGGACCGGAUAGUUGGCGACCGCUUCCGAGCUUAGAAUUGACCCCUGAUUUGCCCUCUUUGGCCGUGUCUCAAGGGGAAUUUCAGACCAAGUUGCCGGCUCUGGUACUCUGGUCUCAAGAUCGAACGGAUGUUCUGGUUUUGAAGGUUAAUCUUCAACUUGACGGGAAACUUCACGAGAACAACGUGUUCGUUCAGAUCCACCCGCAAAGUGUGGAGUUCUCCUAUUUGGAGGUGAUCUUGGGACAAGAGCCUCGGUUGGACGAGUACGUGGUUCACAAGUUCCCGCAAGCCCUCCAUUUAUUCGGUGUGGUUGAUCCAGAAAAAAGCGAACUCUCGUUUGGAUCCACGUCGAUCAUGUUGACCCUCAAAAAGACGGUCAUGUGUUCCUGGAAGUGUUUGGCCACUCUAGACGGAAAGAAGGUGUCGUAUUCUUGGCUCAAAUCUGACCUCGAUCAUUUCGAUACGGAUUCCGAGGACGAUGGCAGUGAGGAUGAGCAUCGGAUGAGGGCACAAAAAUCCGAAACCGAAUUGGAAUCCGCUCAAAGUAUCCCCCAAGAACCGAUCAAAAUCAAGACCUCGGAUGAAAUCGAUCAGGUCUACGGUCAUGAUCUCAAACCUGCAGGCUAUUCCUCGGAUGAACCUCGACGCUCUUCAUCGAAAUCCAUGUCCGAGGAAAGUGAAGGAGACGGCUUUGAGCCGACCAAUCCAUUGCCAAUGCGAAAACGCCCCUUGGAACAAAACCCGGAUGUGUAUUAACGAAUGUAUUGGAGACCAAUGAGAAUAUCGCAUCUUUUAGUAAGGCUAUUAAUAUAUUCAUAUGAAUUUUCUAGAAUAA